AAUGGGACUUUCAUUGAGAGUAAGACGUCGUGGAGGUACCAAGAAAGUGAUCAUUCCGGCGACGAGUUGCUCGGAAGACGAGGAAAUCGCGAUCCCGUCGCAGUUUCAAUGCCCGAUUUCGUAUGAGCUAAUGAAAGAUCCGGUGAUUAUUGCUUCAGGGAUCACUUACGACCGUGAAAACAUUGAGAAAUGGUUUGAGUCUGGUUACCAAACUUGUCCUGUUACUAAUACUGUUUUGUCAAGUUUGGAACAGAUUCCGAAUCAUACUAUAAGGAGGAUGAUUCAAGGUUGGUGCGGGUCGUCACUUGGCGGCGGGAUUGAACGAAUCCCGACGCCACGUGUACCCGUGACGAGUCAUCAAGUUUCCGAGAUUUGCGAGAAGUUGUACGCCGCAACGCGGCGUGGUGACCACGCCGUGUGCGGCGAGAUGGUUGGGAAGUUGAAGAAGUUGGGAAAAGAGAGUGAGAGGAACCGAAAAUGCGUUAGGGAAAACGGCGCCGGAUUGGUUCUUUGCGUUUGUUUCGACGCGUUUUCCGGAAACGCAAACGCUACUCUAUUAUUGGAGGAGAUUGUGUCUGUGCUUACGUGGAUGUCUCCUAUUGGUUCAGAAGGUCAAUCCGAACUUACGUCUACGUCGUCGUUUAGUAGGUUGGUGGAGCUUUUGAGAAAUGGCGAUCAAAACGCGGCGUUUCUUGUUAAAGAGCUUCUUGAGCUUAACGUAGCUCAUGUUCACGCGUUAACAAAGAUCAAUGGCGUCGAAGAAGCGUUCUUGAAAUCGAUUACUCGCGAUACGAUAUGCGUCAACUCGUUAAUCUCAAUCCAUUACAUGAUCUUGGCAAAUCAAGAAACCGUUUCAAGGUUUCUUGAACUGGAUCUUGUGAAUAUAACAGUGGAGAUGCUAGUGGAUUCAGACAACAGCGUAUGCGAAAAGGCGUUAAUGGUUUUAAACGCGGUUUGCGAUACUAACGAAGGAAGAGAGAUAGUGAGAAGAAACGAGUUGGUGAUACCUAUCUUGGUGAAGAAGAUUUUGAAGAUCACUGAGAAGAAGAGUUUGGUUUCAGUGAUGUGGAAGAUUUGUAAAAGUGGAGAUGGGUCUGAGGUUGAAGAAGCAUUGAGAUUAGGUGCGUUUAAGAAGCUUGUUGUGAUGUUACAAGUUGGUUGUGGUGAAGGCACUAAGGAGAAGGUUACUGAGUUGUUGAAGAUGAUGAACAAAGUUAUGAAGACGAAUGGUUUUGUUGAUCGUUCUUACUCUUCUUCAACUGAGUUUAAACAUGUUAAGAAACCAUUUUGAUACAAAUACAGUUAUACAUUUGUAUAUAGAGGAAACACAAUUUUUUUUACAAACC